AUGGUAAUACGCGUACAUUUCUGUGGACAGGACCACGUAGGGCUGAUUCGCAUAGCUGAUUUCCAAAGCAAAACACAUUUUGCUUUGGUAAUAAAGCUAUGCCUUGGCGAUCGUCCACCGCCUCAUCUUGGCGCGGGGGUGACUCUGGGUAUAGAACUGCGAAGUACAGCAGAGGUUUAUCCUCAAGCAGGAUCUCCCAAGCUCAGAGGGAGUUUGACGUUUCCGGUUCCCCGGAUGCCCGCUAAGAGUAGGCAAUGCCAGAAGCACCACAAUCUGGCUGAAGUCGCUAGGACACGUCAACCACUCGCCGUGGAGAUUGUCGCAUGCUCUGCACCUACAACGCCAGAACAGUCUCCACCAACGCCCUUCGAAGCUGCAGGGCGCAUCAACUACGGUGAAAGCCUUGCAGGAAACAAAGUCCAGGAAGAAGGACUUGAGGCAGCCGAGUGA